UGAUCACUAUAGUUCCAUGUGCAAAUUCUGUAUUUGCCUGCUUACGUGUCUUUAGAAAACAUGGUCAGAAGCUCAUGACAGUCAUGUGUGUGUUCAUAAUGUUGGUUCAUUUCAUAUCUUUAACAAAAUAAUAUAAAAUAUUCAAGAUUUGUUCAGUUUUCGGAUUUGUACUUGAUGAGGGAACUGGAAAAAGAAGUUUAACAAAAUAGAAUUCUAAGCACAUCUUUGUCCCCUUUUCUCUCUCUUUUUCUCUCUCACUCUCACGGUCAUAUAAACAUCUCUGUCACAAAAGGACAUUUUUUGUUAAAAUGCACAGUUUGGCCUGACCUUCAACACAAGGCUUGGGACUAAUGUCCUCCCUCCCUUCUUUUUCACUUUUGACAGUCAAAAAUCGAAGAAUUUACAUAAACAAAGACAAAUUCAAAGAAUAUCAGGUGUGACCAGUCAGAGACAUUCUUCUGAUGCUUAUUUGUGUUCUGGUUUGUUUAGGAGCAUUACGUAAUAGUCCAUCGAAUGACUGAAUGGAAAGCGAGGUGUGUUGAGGGCAUGGCUUGGUUGAGGGAUCUUUUUCAAGCAAACUGUGUAUUUAUUUUUUACCUAUAGUAUCUCAAAGCAGUGUAUUUAUAGCACACAUGUAAGCUUGCUAUCAUUGUUGAAAUGAGAGGUUGAUGGAAGAGAGUCCCGUUUUAACAUUGUGCAAGCUCUCUUAGAUUGAACGUGACCUUUUAUCUCACAGAAGGAUGCAGAUGAUACCCAAUGGACAGCCCUUAGAGAGGACCGUGUGUGUGUCUGUAUGGCCUUGAACCUGCUGUUGGCCCAGUUCUGUCAAUGCAGGCACAGUUUGUAAUUGAGACCCAGUUAGAGUGACCCAGGAGAAACGGAAACAAUUAAAGCUUAAUUUAUUUACUUGUAGAUUUGUGUCACAUUUUGAGUGUAAAGAUGGGUUUAGUUUAAUUUGGUUGGGUUUAGUUUUAUGAUCUCUGAAAAUGAAAGUGCAUUUUCUAAUGGGUUGAUUUGUCAGAUUGUUUUUUGACUAAGUGGUCCAAAACCGGGGUUUGUGAUAUUAUAUUUCCCAGGUUAUUAGCAGAGAAUGAAGUUUAUAUGAAUGGUCUCUGUAUCAGAGCAUUUAAAGUUUGCUGUAACCCAGGCCACAGACAGCACUCAUUCAUUAAUGUAAAGAAAAACCUAUAGACGAGAAAGAGAGAUUGGCUGAUCCAGGUUUAAUCUCUUGCCACUUUUAAUUACGGCAGUCCUCUCCGGCUGAGACUUGCUGGCACUUUAGUAAGGUACUUCAUCUUUACGCUGGCCCUGCCGAGUGAUGACAUGACGACACUGAACUGCGAUGUGGCGAGCUUUCUUAACAGUUCGCGCUGGAUCCGACACUUAACAACAUGAUACAUAGUACGAGAGGACAUCACUCUGAAUGAUAUUCACCAAUGACAUCCACCUAAGGCUUGCAGAAGUUCAACCCCGCUGUGAAGAUGAGACCAUGGUUCCGGUACUGACUUCGAAAAGAGCCAGCGAACUACCCGUGAAUGAGGUUGCAUGUGUACUACAGGCUGACCUGCAGUUUGGUCUCAGCCAGGAGGAGGUUGAACGACGCCGGGCCUACCACGGAUGGAACGAGUUUGACAUCAGUGAAGAUGAACCUCUCUGGAAAAAAUAUAUCUCACAGUUUAAGGACCCACUCAUCUUGUUGCUGUUGGCUUCCGCUGUUAUCAGCGUAUUAAUGCGGCAGUUUGACGAUGCAGUCAGUAUCACCGUGGCCAUUAUUAUCGUCGUUACAGUUGCCUUUAUACAGGAGUACCGCUCUGAAAAAUCCCUGGAGGAACUAGGGAAACUUGUGCCUCCAGAAUGCCACUGUGUUCGAGAAGGGCAUCUGGAGCACCUUCUGGCACGAGAACUUGUCCCUGGAGAUACCGUCUGUCUGUCAGUGGGAGAGAGAGUCCCGUCUGACCUGCGACUGUUUGAGGCGAUGGAUCUGUCGGUUGAUGAGUCCAGUCUGACAGGAGAGACCACCCCCUGCACCAAGACCUCAGCCCCUCAACCGGCUGCCACCAAUGGCGACAUCACUUCCCGCAGUAACGUCGCCUUCAUGGGUACUCUGGUGCGCUGUGGGAAGGCCAAGGGAAUUGUCAUUGGCACUGGAGAAAAUUCAGAGUUCGGAGAGGUUUUCAAGAUGAUGCAAGCGGAGGAGGCUCCUAAAACGCCCUUACAGAAAAGCAUGGAUUUGCUGGGAAAACAGCUCUCCCUCUAUUCCUUCGGGAUUAUCGGGGUGAUCAUGAUGGUUGGGUGGUUGCAGGGGAAGAACAUUCUAGACAUGUUCACCAUAGGUGUCAGUUUGGCUGUGGCAGCUAUCCCAGAAGGCCUACCAAUCGUGGUGACAGUGACGUUAGCACUGGGCGUGAUGAGGAUGGUAAAGAAAAGAGCAAUCGUGAAGAAGCUGCCUAUAGUGGAAACACUGAGCUGCUGCAAUGUCAUCUGCUCAGAUAAGACUGGCACACUUACCAAAAAUGAGAUGACAGUCACUCACAUGUUCACUUCUGAUGGACUGCACGUUGAGGUCACCGGUGUGGGGUACAACAGUGCCGGUGAGGUCAUGCUGGACGGAGAGGUGGUGCACGGUUUCUCCAACACCUCCAUCAGCAAGAUUGUGGAGGCUGGCUGCGUGUGCAACGAUGCAGUGAUCAGGAACAACACCCUGAUGGGACGUCCCACUGAAGGUGCCCUCAUCGCCCUGGCCAUGAAGAUGGGUUUGGAGGGCGUGCAAAAGGAGUUUGUGCGGUUGGCAGAAAUUCCAUUCUCCUCGGAGCAGAAAUGGAUGGCUGUGCGGGUUGUCCACCGUACUCAGCAGAACAAGCCGGCUGUGUUCUACGUGAAGGGCGCCUACGAGCAGAUCAUUCGUUUCUGCACUUCCUACAACAGUAAAGGCGUUACUCUGCCUCUGACCAAUCAGCAGAGAGAACUCUAUCAGCAGCAGAAGAGCUACAUGGGCACCGCUGGUCUUAGAGUGCUUGCGUUCGCGUCGGGAUCUGAAAUGGGCGGUCUCACCUUCCUGGGGCUCGUGGGCAUCAUUGACCCGCCCAGGGCGGGAGUGAAGGACGCUGUGGCGACGCUCAUCAGCUCUGGUGUGGCGGUGAAGAUGAUCACAGGGGACUCCAAAGAAACUGCUGUGUCAAUUGCCAGUCGACUGGGUCUGUGCACCAAAGGUUCCCAAUCCUUAUCUGGAGAUGAAGUGGACAAGAUGGACAUCCAUCAGCUGUCUCAGAUAGUAUCCAGGAUAGUGGUAUUCUACAGAGCCAGCCCGAGACACAAGUUAAAGAUAGUUAAGUCCUUACAGAACAUUGGUGCGGUCGUUGCCAUGACGGGAGAUGGCGUUAAUGAUGCUGUCGCUCUGAAGGCAGCAGACAUCGGUGUAGCUAUGGGUCAAACCGGUACUGAUGUCUGCAAAGAAGCUGCUGACAUGAUCCUUGUGGACGACGACUUCCAAACUAUUUUGUCUGCCAUUGAAGAGGGAAAAGGGAUUUACAACAACAUUAAGAACUUUGUGCGUUUUCAGCUGAGCACGAGCAUCGCAGCGCUCACCCUCAUCUCCCUGGCAACGCUUAUGAACUUCCCCAACCCUUUAAAUGCCAUGCAAAUCCUCUGGAUCAACAUCAUCAUGGACGGGCCGCCGGCUCAAAGUUUGGGUGUAGAGCCCGUUGAUGGGGACGUGAUCAGGAAACCCCCGCGGAACGUGCGGGACAGCAUCCUCACUCGCAGUCUGAUAGUGAAGGUCCUGGUGUCGUCUUUCAUCAUCGUGUGCGGGACUCUGUUUGUGUUCUGGAGAGAGCUGCGGGACAAUGAGAUCACUCCACGGGACACCACCAUGACGUUCACCUGUUUCGUUUUUUUUGACAUGUUCAACGCUCUCAGUUCCCGAUCACAGACACGGAUGGUGUACGAGAUGGGCUUAUGCAGUAACAGAAUGUUCUGCUACGCUGUGCUGGGCUCCAUCAUGGGCCAACUUCUGGUCAUCUACUUCCCUCCUCUACAGAAAGUCUUUCAAACUGAGAGCCUUAGCAUUUUAGAUCUGCUGUUCCUGGUCGGCCUCACGUCUUCUGUGUGCGUGGUGUCCGAGGUUAUAAAGAAAUUAGAACGAAUCAGAGGUGGGGAGAGAACGACAGACGCUGACGAUUUCCACGAAGUAUGACACACAUUGUGUCUUUUACAUGAGAUGUCGGGCUGAGCUGGAGGGAUUUGGUUUUGGCAUUUCGUCCAGGGCAGUUUCAUACCAUACAAAACAACUCUCAGUGAGCGGUCUGGUCUGACCUGUAUGUACCAGUUCCUUUCAUAAGGUCAUGACCGAGAUGGAGCUGAUUUUGGAGGAAUGUGGAAGCCCUGCCUGAGAUGUUGUCUUGGACCCUCCACUCAGCUCAUGGAGAUGCUUUGGUGCGCUGCUUUACGACUGUACUAAUUUCCAUGGCAUCUUGAACGAACUUUAUUUAUGAGAUACUGUAUCUGUCCAUACAGUGGCUGUCCUGACUUCAUGAUUGAAGGGAUGUAUUAUGAUUUAUUUUUUAAAUGUUAUUAUUAUUAUUAAAAUGAUUUUGUCUUUUAAAUAUCUUUACUUUGAGCAUUUCUGGUUAGAGGUUUGUGGAUCAAUAUGGAUAAUGCCUUUUUGCAUUCCAGAAUCCAAAUUCUGCUUUAUUUUUAUUGCAUUUAAGAAUGCGGUAAGCCUGUGUUCUCCUAAACCAUGAAUGAACGUUUCACUGGUGAAACAACCACUUAAAAUCAUGUUGGGGUCAUGUGUGAAUUACAACAGAUUUGAUAUGCUAAACGGUCACGUACUCUACACUGUCGCUUAGCAAACAGUUGCCGUAUUUACUUUAUUAUGCCAUAUUUUACAUCUAUAGAAAAACAGCUUAAAGGUCUUUCUCUCUGAUCCUAUAAGAUGACUUGGUGUUGGGACAAAACAAACAAUGGGUGCCAUUUUAUGAAAGCCUCCAAGGUACAUGCACUGUUAUCUCUAUGCCCUUAUAUUAGAAGUUUUAAGUUAACACAACUGGCUUGUAGAAAUACAUAUUCAUCAGUUCCUCUGUAUUUACUCACUACUUAUGUUAAUACACUGGUAUCAGAGAUGUCUACAGUAGGAUUUUGCCUUUUCUUUGGCUUUUCCUAUACUGUUAUUUAUUUUCUCACCAGUUUGGUGAACUUUUAAUACAUUGUGAUAUGUUUUAUUCAACUUUACAUGCCUGUUUGGUAAAAUGUUGGAAUACAGAAUUGUUUUAUCAACCAUCCCCCCAAAAAUCUCAGUGCAGCCGGACAGCACAGUUUUUGCGGUAUGUGAGUAUAAUACUUCGCUGUAUUGCAGAUAGUGGUUACUUAUGGUCAGAUUGUCAUUGUGGAUUGAAUUAAUGUAACUGUUCUCCGCCCAUGUUUACAGCAUUGCUUUUGCUCUAAAAGCAAACACAGUAACGCACUGACAUGAAGCAGUAUAAUGAAAAAAAAAUGAAGGGUGACAGGUGAAAAUCUAAAUUUUUUGUUUUCUAUUUUUAAGAUUGUAUUUAUUUUAUUGUGGUUUGCACAGCUGAAACCAGUAAUCUGUUGUGGUCAUUUCAGAACACAAUUGUACAAUAAAAUUUUUACAGGUU